AUGAGCCGUGAGUGUAACUUCAUUGUUGACCCGACCGAGGAGGGGAACGAUGCCACGCGAACCGCACCUGUGGGAUCGACAACGGUGCACACGAUCCUCGGGCGCAUAAAGGCAUGCCAGAUGGCGGCGAGGGUGGAGGCGACGCUGUACCGGGAGAAGGAGCUGGGCAUCAUGAGGGAGAUCUCGGUGGUCAGAUCGGAGGUGCGGUUCAACGUCCGCACUAAGAACGAGAGGGACAUCAAGAAUUGCGCCGACCGUCGACGCGGUACCAUCGGCGAUACCUAUACCGCCGAACAGUUCCGCCAGAUCAUGAUGAAGGUGUUGCCGACAUGGGCGGCGGCGGCGUGGAACCCGCGGGCAACCACUCCGUCGCAGACGCUCUGGAGAUUCCUGCUUGUCAAGGUGCUUACGCUACUCUCCCACCACUCUCUCCUGCGCGGCGCCAGCAUCCACGAGAUCGCACUACCUGAUGUCUUCUUGUAUCGACUGGAGAGCACCUCGUCGGUGAACCCAGAUAACCAGCCGGUCGUCAUGCUGAUCGCCGCGCGUAACUCGAAUACUUCCAAGGAUGCCCGUCUUCAGCAGAGCUACGCGGCGCGACACCUGGAAGCAGAGUUGUGCGCCGUUGGCAAGACCGGCCUGUGGUUGCACUUCAUCCUCGACCAGAUCGGUCAGUUCUCCGGCGUCGACUUCCUUCCUCCGCUUGACACCACUGAACGCGAACGCUGGUACAAGAAGCAUCUCUUCUUCGCCAAAAACGACAAGGAGCAAGACGAGCUCCCCGCCGCCAGCCAUCAACGUUGGACUCGGCAGAUGUGGACGACCAACAAGGUGUUCUGCAAGCGGAACGUGCACGCCGCACGCGCCGGAGGUGCGCAGGAGCUAGCCAUCGAAGGGACGCCACGCGCCGAGAUCGCCGAGCUGGAACACUGGGCUCUCGACAAGAUGACACGUGCUUACAUCACAGCCAUUCCCGUUGGGGUGGUGAUGAGGAAGGCCGGCUACUCGGGUUUUAAGCAAGACUACUUCUUGGGUCGCAGCAGGGUCGAGCCCUCCGUCAAACUCCUGGACAUCCUCGCCGAGCACAUCUUCCCCGGCGUGGAUGCUAUGCUGCGCGAUAUCGAGCGCGCCGCGGUCGAGAAGAUCGACCUUCAGGAGAAGAUCGAGAUGCGCGACGAUACCAUCACGACGCUGACCGCCGAGCUUGCUCGACUCACCGAGGCACUCCGUGUGUCAGAAGCACGGAGGAUGCCGGCGGCGCCGCCGUCGGCGAACGAGCAAGCGCAAAGCGAGGGUGGCUCAGCGGAUUCGGCCAAUACGGGGGCCGGAGCCAAGGAACGGGAUGAUAAACCUCCGAAACCCCCACAGACGGUCGACGAGGCUUGUUACGAGCUCAAUGUGGUGAAACCCUGGCAAGAGGCAAAGACCGUGAGGGACGCUUGGCGCCUCUGGAACUCCGCCACCGCUGACGACACCCGUCGUCUUUACGACAGGAUCUUCGAGCCGGGGUUCGUCGACUGCCACACCCUCCUCGAAGGCGCGACGCAGGGUGCACACGACAUGAAGGUGCGCCGCAUGCUGAAGGCCAUGGAUGCAGUGCGCCUUCUUCGCUCGAGCGACGGCGAUGCCGACACCGAAGCCGUCAUCGCUGCACUGAACAGGAUCGCGGCGCUGGGCAUUGGGACCUUCUACAAUGCCCUCACGGUGCUCAAACCGGAAACAGCACCGACGAAGUCCAAGGAGCCUGGCCUGGGCGUCAAGGGGCUGGGCCCCAAGGUGGUCUCGAAGCUCCGUGUCGCAUGUGUGCUGGUGGCGCUCGAGUUGAAGACGAGGACUUGGGUCGCCCGCCUGUUUCCAGACACCUAG